AUGAAGCUCAUCCCCAGCAAGAUACCGGGCUACGCGCUCGCAUCAACCUUCGUUGCGCUUGGUGGCAUACUGAAUGGAUUCGACACAGGCUCCGUCGGUGCCGUCACCGAAAUGCCUUCCUUCACCCAAACAUUCGGCCACCUCACGCCCACCAUGCGCGGCUUCACCGUCUCUCUGAUCAUGCUCUGCGGCGCCAUUCCAGCAACAGUCGCCGGCCACCUUGCCGACCGCUUCGGCCGCCUCCGCAUCAUCAUCGUCGGCGCCAUCCUUUGCACGAUUGGCUGCGUCCUCGAAUGCGCUGCCUUUCAUCUCAGUCUCUUCCUCGUCGGCCGCGCAUUGAUGGGAAUUGGUCAAGGCUUCGCGCUCACCAACAUCGGAGUCUACAUCUGUGAGAUCGCGCCGAGUCGGAGCCGUGGUAAGUUUGUGUCGUUACCGCAGUUCGGCGCUGCGCUGGGGGUUUGUGUUGGCUAUUUCUCGUGCUAUGGGAGUAUACACAUCAAUGGCAAUAUGUCCUGGCGUCUGCCGUACAUACUGCAAGCCGCCUUGGCAACGAUAUGGGCUGCGGGGUCCUUCUUCCUGCCUGAGAGUCCGCGAUGGCUCAUCUUGCACGGCCAAAGAAGUCGAGCGAUGCAAGAGCUCAAGAAGCUGGACUUUGAAGCCGCGGAGGCGGAGAAGGACGUCCUGCGACCCACUGAGAAUGCAUCCCCUGAGGAGCAAGUCGGCAUACUGCAGGGCCUGCGCUUGAUCUUCAGAAGUGAAUACCGAUCGCAGACAUGGCUCGCGGUGUUCAUCCUGUCGUUUGUUCAGUUGAGCGGCAUCGACGGCGUCCUUUACUACGCCCCGACCAUCUUCGCACAAGCAGGAAUACCAUCGCAAACUGCCUCUUUUCUCGCCUCCGGCGUCUCCGCCAUCCUCAUGCUCGCCUUCAGCAUUCCCGCCACCCUCCUCGCAGACAAGUGGGGUCGUCGCACGUCCGCCAUCUGCGGCGGCGUCAUCCUCUCCGGGACCAUGCUUCUUAUCGGCUCUCUGUACGCCGCGAACGUCGUGCAUUCGGAUGGAGCAGCACGCUGGGUUGUUAUCAUGUCGGUCUUCGUCUUUGCAAUUGGAUACGUCUCGACGUGGGCCAUCGUAGGCAAGAUUUACGCGUCUGAGAUCCAACCCACGAGGACGCGUGCGACGACGAACUCGAUGGCCACGGGCGGUAGCUUU